GGCUGGUCCUCUAUCUCCAUCAAAAUGCUUCACCGCCACCGGAUCCACAACGAUCCCAAGCCGACUUUUGGUGAUUAAUUAGAGGUGCAUAGCGAGUUUUCCCAAUGGAUUUGAAAUACUUUCAGGUAUUGAAAAUGGAGAGCCACGUUGUUAAUGGGGCCUUAAGGAUAAAUAAAGUUUCAGACUUUUGAGUUGAGGGGAGGAG